UGACUAUUAAGCACCAAGGUUACGUCUUGUAAAUUCACCUUCCUGGUAGUCUCAUAUGACCUGACAAAGUCUUCUUCUUCAUUCAUGUACUUUCUUUGGGACGUGUCUGCAAUUAUUAAGUAUUACUACUAUUAUUUGUGUGAACAAGAAUUUUUUUCCCCUUAACAGACUUCCAUUAGACUAUCAACACUCCAAGGAUCCAUCCCAUUUUAGCUUUUUGGGAACUUUGAGGUACAUCACAAACCUCAAAAACAGCAAUAUCACUUGGCUUUUGUUUCUGCUAUUUUGAGGCAUCGAUUUUGGUUUCGGUUUCUCCCGAAGCAGCUUUUGAUUGGUAUCACAUACAGAGGGUCAUUGUUGCAUCCUAAAGUUAUGACUUGCUUCCCUUUAUUCUGUAGAAAACAUCACUCAUCAACUAGGCAUCCAUCCGAAUUUGAUGGUGAGCUCUCCGGCGUCAAGAAUGUCACGCUUUUCUCGUAUAAGCAGUUAAGAAUUGCCACAGAUGAUUUUAGUCCCGUGAAUAAAAUCGGAGAGGGCGGAUUUGGUUCUGUUUAUAAGGGAAGGCUAAAAAGUGGGAAAAUGGCUGCGAUAAAGGUUCUUUCAAGUGAAUCAAAGCAGGGCGUCAGGGAGUUCUUGACCGAAAUUAAAGUAAUUUCAGACGUUGAGCAUGAAAAUUUAGUCAAACUCUAUGGCUGUUGUAUAGAAGACGAUCACAGGAUUUUGGUCUACAACUAUCUUGAAAAUAACAGCCUUGCUCAAACACUUCUUGGUGGAGGACACAGUAGCAUCCAGUUCAAUUGGCGAACACGGACUAAAAUUUGCGUUGGAGUUGCAAAGGGGCUAGCUUAUCUUCAUGAGCAAGUGAAACCACAUAUAAUUCACCGUGAUAUCAAAGCGAGUAAUAUUCUCCUCGAUAAAGACUUGACACCCAAGAUUUCAGAUUUUGGCCUGGCAAAGCUCAUUCCCCCUAACGCGACACAUGUUAGUACGCGCGUUGCAGGAACCAUUGGUUAUUUGGCACCGGAGUAUGCAAUUAGAGGGCAGGCAACACGUAAAUCAGAUGUUUACAGUUAUGGCGUCCUUCUGAUAGAAAUCGUCACUGGAAGAUGCAACACAAACUCACGUUUACCUAUUGACGAACAAUAUCUCCUUGAACGGACGUGGCAACUUUAUGAGAGGAAGGAGCUGGUAUUGCUAGUAGACACGUCUCUAGACGGAGCUUUUGAUGCUGAACAGGCCUGCAGGUUCUUGAAAAUUGGGCUCCUCUGCACUCAAGACGCCUUAAAGCUUCGGCCAUCCAUGUCGACUAUUCUCAAGAUGCUAACCGGUGAGAUGGAGGUCGAUAACAAUAAGAUAACGAAACCAGGGUUGAUCUCCGAUUUCAUGGACCUCAAGAUCAAAAACAACGCGCCUAAACUUCACCCUGAACAAAUCAACGCGGCAUAUGACUAUGUAUUAUCCUCGGACAAUACAACAACUUUGCCAUCGACGAGUUCUUCUCAAGGUAACUCGACAUUCACAACUGUUGCAUAUGAUCAAAGCAUUUGAGCUUAAGAUUUUGAGUGAAUGGAAAAUUUUGGAGUGGUGGAGGGAGGUUCCGCCAUCCCGACCAGUGAAUCAUUAAGAUUCCUUGUUCGAUAGAAUCUUUUACAUUCACAAGUUCCGUCGUUCCCAUCACUUCUGACUUGAAGGAAAAAUAGUUUUUGGUUAAAUAUUAUACUUUCAACUUGCUUUGUUUCAUUCUUUUUGUAUGCAUUUUGGGGUUGAUCAGCAUAUGUAAAUUGUUCACAUGUUAGAUAUAUAGUGUAUGUUGUAAAUUUGGUUGAGUUGAAUUCAAGAAAUGUAAUUCUCUCUAGCUGGUAAAUGGACAAAUUUUCAAGGGUG